AUGCGCCGGAAAGGGGGCGGCCGCUGGCAGGACGAGGCCGCGGACUCUGGAGCCGAGACGGCCGGGUCGGAAUACAGCUGUGUGUCAUCUUCGAGCAGUGAGCUUUCUGUGGACAAUGUGCAGGAUCCUUUCCUUCUUAGCAUGCACCUAAUUGCAGACCCAGGAGACUCUGGUGUCCUCCAGCAAGCCAUCGAUAGCCUAUUGGCAUGGAUCCACCCGGAUCUCCAACUCUUCCGUGUUUCGGAAAGGGGGAAACCAAGGAAGCCUGACAAGGCCAUAGUCUCCCAGCCAGCCCUUGCGGUAAUCCUCUUUCUGAAGGAAGAAUAUGACGAAGAGCCAAUCUUGCAGCUCCACAAGUCCUUUCAAAGGCCGCCCUGGCAUUACCACCACACCGAACAGGUGCAUGGCAACUUCCUCCCUUACAUGCCAGGCAGCCAGGACUUUUUCACCUUGGCGCAAGGCACUCCUCUGUGGGCCAUACGGCCAGUGCAUUACGGGAAGGAAAUAAUACGCUUCACCAUCUACUGCAGGAACGAAAAAUUUGCCAGCGUUAUGAAGCUCUACGAACUAAUUCUGAGGAGACGGGUUUGUCAGAAGAAGGCAGGGUUUUGUGUCUUUCCUGUCUAUUCCAAUGUGGAUAUUGAUAUUCAGUUGUCUUUGAAGAGGCUUCCCAAAGGCCAUAUGCCAAGUCCCACGGAGUCAGCGGUGCUGGAAUUCCGAGUAAAGGAUAUUGAGCAGCUGGUGCCUCUCUUGCCUAACCCUUGCAGUCGGAUCAGUGAAGGCAGGUGGCAAACUGAAGAUCCUGAUGGGAACAAGAUCCUCCUGCAGGCCCGGUAUAGGAAGUGUGGUAAGCUGAACAAGUUUUCCUCACCGUCUCCUGCAAGGCACCUUCCUGUUACACGGCUUCCAAGUUUUCUUCCCCAAAGCAGCAGAUGGACUCUCAACAAAGCCAGUGAUCCUUCAAAACCAGUUUAUUCCAUUGCAUUUCACCAUGCCAGUCUGUGCCUUGGCAUUUCCCAGCAGGACUUGAGAAAUCACAACCAAGCACUUUCCACUGGGAGACCCGGCGGAGCCUCUGCAGACUCAGGUUCAUUUCAGCGAAGCAAGUCUCUUGCUUGCUUGCCCACAAUGCGCUCUUCCCUGGUCCCCAAAUCUUUCCAUUUCAGUGAGCCAAACUCAUUAAGCACUUUCUCUUCUGGGCACAGGACAAGAAGCAGAGUUAACAUUGAUGACUUGGAAGGAGUUCAGGAGACUGAUGUGGACACAGGGAUGAAACUUGCCUUCGCUGAUCUAUCUGUGGUCUCGGCUUAUUCAGUUUCGGAUGGGUUCAGUAAUGACGUGGAAGCAAAGACAAAGAAUACUAUACAAGAGCAAAGUGUCAAGAGAUUUAAGCAGCCUGGCUCUCGAGGAAGAUCGCCAUCAGCCAAGUGUAACAUCUUUGAAUUAUCUUCCAGCUCUCCUCCUUUUUCUUUUGAUUGGUUUUCCAGCUCUUCAGAGUCACAUUCAGGUUCUCCUUCGGCAGGUUCCUUUGAGAUAAAAGGUUUGCCAAGAGGAACCGUUUUCCCUUUUGCUGACAGCAGAACAACCGGUGGUGGAAAAAAGAAAGAAGAAGAAUUCUACAUCUGAACC